GAGGAGGGGGCGUGGCUCCUGGGAGGAUCGGGCCGGCGACCGCGCUUGGUUUCAGUGCAUGCGCACUCCCGGCAGCGAUGCCAUCUUUGUCUAUGAUGUCUGUGCUGGGCCGCCCGGGCGUGCUGCGGCUGCGGCUGCGGCUGCGGAUGCUGCUCACGGCGCUGAAGCCCGGUGUCCUCGUCUCACAGGCCGGACCUGCGGCCGCGUUCGGCACCUCGAUAACCUCCGCCAAAGUGGCUGUGAAUGGCGUUCAUCUGCAUUAUCAGCAGACUGGAGAGGGAGAUCACGCAGUCCUGCUACUUCCUGGGAUGUUGGGAAGUGGAGAGACUGAUUUUGGACCUCAGCUCAAGAACCUCAAUAAGAAGCUCUUUACAGUUGUCGCCUGGGAUCCUCGAGGCUAUGGACAUUCCAAGCCUCCAGAUCGUGAUUUCCCAGUAGACUUUUUUGAAAGGGAUGCAAAAGAUGCUGUUGAUUUGAUGAAGGCGCUGAAGUUUAAGAAGGUUUCUCUGCUGGGGUGGAGUGAUGGGGGCAUAACCGCACUCAUUGCUGCUGCAAAAUAUCCAUCUUACAUCCGCAAGAUGGUGAUCUGGGGCGCCAACGCCUACGUCACUGAUGAAGACAGCGUGAUUUACGAGGGCAUCCGAGAUGUUUCUAAAUGGAGUGAGAGAACAAAAAAGCCUCUAGAAGCCCUCUAUGGGUAUGACUACUUUGCCAGAACCUGUGAAAAGUGGGUGGAUGGCAUAAGCCAGUUUAAACAUCUCCCAGAUGGUAACAUCUGCCGGCACCUGCUGCCCCAGGUCCAGUGCCCCACCUUGAUUGUGCAUGGCGAGAAGGAUCCUCUGGUCCCGAGGUUUCAUGCCGACUUCAUUCAUGAGCAUGUGAAAGGCUCACGGCUGCAUUUGAUGCCAGAAGGCAAACACAACCUGCAUUUGCGUUUUGCAGAUGAAUUCAACAAGUUAGCAGAAGACUUCCUACAAUGAGAAUGCACACGAGUCUUGGUGGUUCCUCAGUGUGGGGCAUGAUCCUGUUUCUCCGUUACCAUGAUGCCUUUGAAAUGCUCUGCCUGAGCUUUCUACACCUCCCUUCAGUCUUAUCCUGACCAAAUGAGAAUAAGGACCUGUUGAAAACAGCCUCUGGCUUCAGGUGGUGGCUCACGGCUACAAUCUCAGCACUUUGGGAGGCUGGGGUGGGAGGAGCAUUGCUUGAGUCCAGGAGUUCAAGACCAGCUUGUACUACAUAGGGAGACUCUGGCUCUACAAAAAAAAUUUUGUUUUAAUUAGCCAGGCAAAGUGGGACACACCUGUGGUCCCAGCUGCUCAGGAAGCUGAGGUGGAAGGAUCACUUGAGCCCACUUCAAAGCUACAGUGAGCUGUGAUUGCAUCACUGCACUACAGCCUGGGCAACAGAGUAAGACCUUGUCUUAAAAAAAAAAAAAAAAAAAGGAAUAAAGCUUCUAACUUCAAUAGCUACAAAAAUUAAAUCUGAUUUUCUAACAUGAAGUUAUGACAAGUCAUACCAUUGUCUUAAAAGGUAAAUUCCUGCUAUAAUUUACUUUCAAAUAAAUUUUAGCUGGAGUAUUUGUAGUGUUAAUGUUGGAGAUUUUAAGAAAUUUAUUUUUUUUUUUACUUUAAAAUUUUUAUUAAAAAAAUAAAAAACUUUUUUUGUUUUAAAGACAGGGUUUCACCAUGUUGGUCAGGCUGGUCUUGAACUCAUGACCUCAGGUGAUCCGCCCGCCUCAACCUCCCAGAGUGCUGGGAUUACAGGCGUGAGCCACCACACCCGGCCAGUUUUAAGAAAUCUUUAAUGUAUACUGUACCUUUAAUCUGAGACAUUCAAGCUUCACUUGUGUUUUUGUGUUUAUCUGUCACAGUCAAAGAAAAGUAGGGAAAGUCCGUGCCUGAGUUCUUCAAUUGCAAGAUCAUAGGAUGUCCAAGAACAGCAGCAAUAGGGGCAGGUUUGCCUUGUCCCCAUAUCCCUCUUUACUCCUGGUUCACUUUGAGAGAUUAAUACUUUGGUCCAGUAAAGGUGAACAAAAUGGGUAUUUUCAUUGCUCUGUACUAAAGAGCAGGAAUGUUAUUAAUUAAAACACUAAAGCAGAAAUCCUACCUUGCUAUUAAAAUUAAACAUUGAGUACCACAAUAAAAAUAGUAACAAGUUAAACCUUGAAA